CAAAGCAAAAACACACUUUCAACUCCAAACUCUCACACACAUACGCACACAGAUUCUGGAAAGGUCGAUAUUUUGUGUAUGUUAGGAAAGCCAUAGGGUUCUGUUGUAGAUAUACUUGUACUGCUUCUGAUGUAAGAAAGAAAGCUGGAAAAGGGAAGGGAAAGGCUUCUUCUGUUGCAUACUUACCUUUCUUGUACUCUGUAAAUUGCCUACCUUUACUGUUAAAUCAGAUUAUUUGAGCUUAUCUUGAAGAUAGUGCAGGAUUGUGUUUCUGGCCUAGCUCUGUUUGCAACACAGUGAUUGGUCCUUUAAGAAACAGUACUUAUUGGCUAUAAGUAAUUGUUCGACGGCUUGGAAUUGCAAGAUUAUACUAGACACAAUCUACAGGAAGAUUUAGUCAUGGGUUAUAUGUGUGAUUUUUGUGGCGAGCAAAGGUCUAUUGUGUAUUGUCGGUCUGAUGCAGCUUCAUUAUGUUUGUCCUGUGACCGUAAUGUCCAUUCUGCAAAUGCCCUUUCACGCCGACAUUCCAGAACACUUGUCUGUGAAAGAUGCAACUUGCAGCCUGCAUUUGUUAGAUGUAUUGAGGAGAAGAUAUCUCUUUGUCCGAAUUGUGAUUGGUUGGGUCAUGGUGGUUCCAAUACAGGUUCCACACAUAAGAGGCAAGCUGUUAGUUGUUAUUCUGGUUGCCCUUCGGCUGCAGAACUCUCAACAAUUUGGCCAUUCUUCCUAGAUUUCCCUUUGGUUGGUGAUUCCAAAUGUGAGCAGAUUAUGGGGUCAAUGAGCAUCAAUGAAGUUUCAAGAGAUAGCCAAGGGGCUCAAGGAAAAAAGAACAUUCAAGAUGCAUCUGUGGCAGUUGGAGUUACCAACAUUCAAAAUGUGGAUAAAUCAACUGCUUGGACAGGGUCAUCAAUGCUUCCAUAUGACACAAAGCUACAGAAUAUUGAAUUGCCUGCUGCAUCUACAUGUGCUGGUUCACCCAAGCUUUCCUGUUUUGGAGCAAAAGGACAAACAGUUUGUGAAGAUGAUAGCUUCUAUGAGAAUUUCAAUAUGGAUGAAGUUGACUUGAGUAUUGAGAAUUAUGAUGAACUUUUUGGAGCAGCUCUUGAUAAUCCUGAAAAGCUUUUCGAAAAUGAUGAUAUUGAUGGUCUUUUCGGGAUGGAGAUAUCUGGUGCCGAUUCCAACUGCCAGGAUGCACAUCUCAUGGAGGGGUCAUCAAUGGGGCGUAUUAAUGGCAUACAGCCAGCAUGCAGCACUGCAGCUUCUGCAGAUUCCAUGAUGAGCUGUAAGACAGAACCUAAUAUAUGUUUUGCUCGGCAAGCUCACUCGAGCCUCUCAUUUUCUGGUCUAACUGGAGAGAGUAGUGCUGGUGAUUAUCAGGACUGUGGGGCCUCUUCAUUGCUUCUUAUGGGUGAGCCACCGUGGUGUCCUCCAUGCCCUGAGAGUUCAAAUCUUGCAAGUAGCCGGAGCAAUGCUGUAAUGCGUUAUAAAGAAAAGAAAAAGACACGCAAAUUUGAGAAGAAAGUAAGGUAUGCUUCUCGCAAGGCAAGAGCUGAUGUUAGAAGGCGCGUGAAGGGACGCUUUGUCAAAGCUGGUGAUGCUUAUGAUUAUGACCCGAUGACUCCAACUAGAAGCUACUGAGAGUAAAGUUUUUAAUCAUAAGCACAGGGAAAGACAUGAUCAAUGUUAAAUUGGAAAAAGAAAAUUGGUUUAAAAUUCAUGGAAAUGGAUCAUUCCACACGGUUUCCCCCAUGCAAUGACAAGCUUCAUGAUUUUAUCUCAGGGAAGGGAGUUCUCUUUGAUUGAUGAAGUUGGAUGGAGGAAACUUGCCCCUUUGCUUCACCACUGAACUUCUAUAUGCUUUUUCAUGAUCCAAAAGAUGGAUCAUGAUCUGUGUACAGUAUGCAAAGAUUGACGUUGUUUCUCCGGAAUCAGGUGUCAGCUUCUCUUAGAUAUAGUUUUACGUGGUUUGCAUUUAUUGGAGAGGGACCAUGCGUCUCGGGUAUCAUCACUCUUUGACAUCUGUUUCAUUGGUUUCUUUGUACUCAUCUUACCUCUCCGAGUCUGCUUAGGUUAUAAAUCUUCUCAAGGUAGGUACUUGAAGAUUCAAACAUAUUCAUUUCUUCCUGAUAUAUCAUGUUUGUCCAUUAGAAUAUAGAAUCCAGAGAGGCAUACUUGGUGCCAAGCUGUGCUAGCAGCGUCAGAUAAGGCACUGUUUUUUUUUCUGAAUUAGAUUGUCAGAUGACAUAUACUAGCACAAGACAUCUUUGUACAUAGCUACUGAAGCAACAUCUGUUUGUAAUAAGCCCCUGUUUACUUGAAUUUAAUCUGUAAAGCUUUAUGUAAGAUGAAAUUCGAGAAGGAAAAUUGUUGUCUGC